AUGGAGAGGAGUUUUGCGUCGGACCCCCAACCGUCGAAAAGAUCAUCCCUGACGCCCGCUCGCGCAUCGCUGUCGCUCCCCGGGGCCUCUCCCUCUUCGGCGCCUCUCCCUUCGCCUCGCCACCGGCCUGUCCUCCCCGCCGCUCCGGCGCCUGUCUCUGCCUCGCCUUCCUCCGUCAUCGUGUACAAUGCCGCGAAGGGCGUCCUACAACGGGGGCCUGUGCGAGAGAGAGGCGCGUCGGUACCCUCUUUGCCGCGCACUCGCAGGAUCAGCGACUCUCGCCUCAACACCUCCAGAGGUGUCUCCGCUUCCAUGAUUCCCCCCGACGCCGGCAAAAUCUCCCGAGCAGUCUCAGCCGCUCCCAGUGUCGCAAACUCGCCGCGUCGACGCGCAACGGAUGACCCUUCCUGGCACGCAGACGCCGCAUUCGCCGACGAGAACAAGUAUCGCGUGACCGUGGCAGGCCAUCCGAUUCCUUCCCUGCACGGAGCGAGCGGCUCGGCGUCUCCACCGCUGCCUCCCGGUGAUCUCUUUGCUCCGCCGCCCGCGUUGUCUUCUGCGUCGCCUCCUUUCAGCGUCGGCAGUCCCCCGAGCCCGCUGGGGCGCCCUGGCCCCUUCCCCGAGGCAAUCGGGCUGCCGCAUGCACGCGAGAAACUGCGGAGCGCGUCACGCGAUAUCUCUCCCUUGCGAGACACCACGGCCUCGCGCGUGCCGUCUGCGCCUCCUUUUCCCCCGCGCCCGAGUCCUCCCUCUCCGGCUGCCGGAGGCAAGACGUCGGCUUUCGCCUGUCCCUUCUGCAGACGACCCAUUCCCCUCUCAGUCCUGCAGAACUACGUGAACGGCCAUCCUCAGCUGUGCUGUCCAGGGCGUGCAUGCUCGACUUCUUCUCAUUAUGCGGACGGCCGAAGCGAGGGGUCUCCUUUUCACUUCCGCGGUGGAGCCCAAAGCGGCGGCGCAGAUCGCGCGGGACCGCCCAACGAGCUCAUCGAUGUCAUCAAAAGGAGACAGGGGAAGGUGUGGGGCCCCGUCCCCCCUUCGUUCUUCACUUCGCCCUACAACACACAGUACUGGUUCUUUAUUUGA